UUGGUAAAGAUCAAUCAAAUGCCUAGCAAUGCGACAAGCAUGCUUCUAAUGUCUUUUCUGUCACAGCACGCGAGUUCGGGGGCCGAAGUCAAGGGCAUCAUGGCAUGGAGCUGUAGCCACGGGCACACAGAGGGUGUUUGCAACAUCCAGGGGACAUGCCAUGUGGCGUUGCGGAGUGCGAGCGCGGACACGAGGACAGGCGCGAGCAAGAUCACGGGCGCAAGUGGAAGCGCAAAUGGAAGCGUGGACGUGGGCAUGUUGGACGAGGGUGUCGGUAUUGCGACACGGGGUUGCGAUUACGACACAUACGCAUUCGACGGCACCGGCGUAAGGUGGAUUGCUCGAGACGCAACGGGCCUCGCCAGUGGAGGCGUCGAUACCAGGGUCGUGGCGUGAAGUUACGGACAGGAUGCGUGGGAACGUGCGGAAGCAGUCGGGGGCGACGUGUGUGUGCGUGACACAGGUGCACGCACGGGCAAGUUGGGUGGAGGCGCUGGCACGCAUGGGUGUUGUAU